AAAGCCGUUCAUUUCACCACGAGUGACGACGCUGAACGGACGUGCGUGGGGUGCAGAUCGCGAUCGAGCAGACGGUGAAAACAGGUUUUCCUUAUUCCAACCACGAUCUGGUACUGGAUCUGGUCAGGGUAAAAGCGUACAACCGGGAGAGAUUCAGAACCUCGGAUCCGGCGGCAAGUGUAACGAACGUCAGAACCGGCCUGGCCCUAAUGCAAAACUGCAUCUUCGGAACGAAUUGAGGACUUCCUAAUUGCCAUUGUUGGCUUAUUCCGCAUUCGACGGACGAGCUGUCGUACAGUGAGCAUUAUGCUAGGUGGCGGCCAACAGUCAGUGUGGAUCGUGUUUGUGGUGCUCGGUGUAACGAUUAGCCUGCAGCAUGUGGCCGCAGGACCGUGGCGUGAAGGGGUGCGUCGAAGUGGUAAUGAGUUUGUGAAGCGCACGUCGGAAAGUGAUGAGUAUUUAGAAUUUGGCCGAAAAUUAAAGCAAUCGUGCGGAUAUGAGUCGUGCCCGAAACCAAAGAAAAAUAUGCUUAAUGUGCAUUUGGUGCCCCAUACACACGACGACGUCGGCUGGCUGAAGACGGUCGACCAGUACUACUAUGGCAGUAAAACAACUAUCCAGAAGGCGGGCGUCCAGUACAUCCUCGACUCGGUCAUACAAUCGCUGCUGAACGAGCCGGAGCGCAAGUUCAUCUACGUCGAGUCGGCCUUCUUCUUCAAGUGGUUCAGCGAGCAGACGGUGGAGCUGCAGCAGCAGGUUCGGAUGCUCGUUGAUGAGGGACGGUUAGAGUUCAUCGGGGGUGCGUGGAGCAUGAAUGAUGAGGCGGCGGCACACUAUCACAGUGUGGUGGAUCAGUUUACCUGGGGUUUGCGGCGGUUGAACGAAACGUUUGGCGAGUGCGGACGUCCACGGAUCGGUUGGCAGAUUGAUCCGUUCGGGCAUUCGCGUGAGCAGGCGUCACUGUUCGCGCAGAUGGGCUACGAUGGGCUGUUCUUUGGGCGGCUCGAUUAUCAGGACAAGCGCGAACGCAUGACGCACAAGCGGGCGGAGAUGAUCUGGAAGACGAGCGCUAAUCUGGACGAUGCCGAUCUGUUUACGGGCGUGCUGUACAAUCUGUACCAAGCGCCGCCCGGCUUCUGCUUCGAUAUACUGUGCUCGGAUGAACCGUUCGUGGACAGUCCUUACUCGGCGGAGAAUAAUGUGAAGGCAAAGGUGGAUAAGUUCCUGUACUACGUGAAUCUGCAGGCGGAGAGUUAUCGGACCAACAACAUCAUUCUGACUAUGGGCGGUGAUUUUACGUACAUGGAUGCUAAUGUGUACUUCAAAAAUAUGGACAAGUUGAUAAAAUACACCAACGCACUCCAAGCGAACGGAUCGAACGUGAACGUCUUCUACUCGACACCAUCCUGCUAUCUGAAAGCCCUGCACGACAUGGGUAUCACCUGGCCGACGAAAUCGGACGACUUCUUCCCGUACGCUUCCGAUCCCCAUUCGUUCUGGACCGGCUACUACACCUCGAGACCGACGAGCAAACGCUUCGAGCGUGUCGGCAAUCAUUUCCUGCAGGUGUGCAAACAGCUGACUACGUUGGCCCCCACCCGGGAGGCACAUAUGGAACCGCACCUGAACAUACUGCGGGAAGCGAUGGGUGUGAUGCAGCAUCACGAUGCCAUUACCGGGACGGAGAAGCAACAUGUCGCGAACGAUUAUGCUCGCAUGCUGAACGUUGCGGUCAAGGCGUGCGGUGCAAACACGAAAGCCACGCUAAAUCAGAUCGUCGAUCCAAAGUACAAACGAUCGUUACGGUCAGCCGGAUUAGCUGCCGAACAUACGACUCCCUACCCGAAGUACACGUUUGCAUUUGAAUCGUGCCAUCUGUUGAAUGUGAGCAAGUGUGAGCUUACCGAGUCUAAGGACAGCUUCACUGUAACGCUGUACAACCCGCUGGCACACGCUGGUCACGAGUACGUACGAGUUCCGGUCGCUGGUGGAAGGUACAUUGUGAGAGACUACCGUAACGUGGAGGUAUCAUCGCAACUGGUACCCAUUCCGGAAUCGGUUCUCAAUCUCAGCUAUCGAUUCAGCAACGCUACUUCGGAGCUGGUGUUUCUCGCCAAUGAGCUACCGCCGCUGGGAUUUAAAUCAUACUUCAUAACGCGUGCCAUCGAUUCUUUGGACGAUUUUCUCCAUGAAGCACCGGUCGCCGGUCCAACGGGUUCGGUCAGCGCAGGCACACCUCCGGGCGAACAGUCGGCACUGUGGCAGUCGGAAGAGGUAACGAUUGGAAACAAGUAUCUAAACGUGUCCUUCGAUAGCAACGGUUUCCUGAGCUCCAUAACGAUCGACGGUGUUACGAACCGGCUGAGACAAACGUUCGUGUACUACGAAGGGGCGCUGGGCAACAAUGAAGAGUACCGAAAUCGAUCGUCCGGUGCGUACAUCUUCCGCCCGAACGGUACGGAGAAAACUGUCACCGAAAACGUGCAGCUGAAGGUGGUGAAAGGUGCCACAGUGCAGGAAGUGCAUCAGGUGUUUAACGAGUGGAUCAGUCAGGUCGUACGAAUUUACGCCGACGAAAGUCACGUCGAGUUUGAAUGGAUGGUGGGCCCGAUACCGGUGGACGAUGGUGUGGGGAAGGAGAUCGUAACACGGUUCUAUACCGCUGCGCAGUCGAGUGGAGUUUUCUGGACCGAUGCAAACGGUCGGGAAAUGAUCAGGCGAGUCCGCAACCAUCGGGACACUUGGAACUUGGAUCUGAUGGAGAAGAUCUCGGGCAAUUACUAUCCGGUAACGGCUAAAAUAGCACUGGAAGAUGAAAACCUUCGGCUGGCUGUGCUGAACGAUCGGGCCCAGGGUGGUUCAAGCCUGGAGGAUGGAUCGCUCGAGCUGAUGGUACAUCGUCGGCUGCUGCACGACGAUGCGUUCGGUGUGGAGGAAGCGUUGAACGAGAAGGCGUUCGGUAAGGGAUUGGUUGCCCGUGGUAAGCAUUGGGUGAUUUUCGGUGCGAAAAAACCGACCAGCCCAACACCGGAAGCGCGUGAGCGAUUCUUGCAGAACCGAGUGCUGCUGCCGAACUGGAUUUUCUUCAGCGAUGUGACGGAGUUUAAGUACGAGGACUGGCAGAAACAGUACACCAACAUUUACUCGGCACUGUCGUUGUCUCUCCCGUUGAACGUUCAUCUGCUGACGUUCGAACCGUGGACGGAUAAUAGCAUCCUGGUACGCUUUGAGCAUCUGCUCGAGAAGGGCGAAGAUCCACUCUACUCCAAACCGGUACGAUUCAACGUGCAGGACGUAUUCCAGCAGUUCAGCAUUGAAGAAAUCCGUGAAACAACGCUCGGCGCUAACCAGCUGAAGGAAGACUCCAAAAGACUAAAGUUCAAACCCGAUCCAGACUACAUCGUGUACAACUCCGUCAAGCGGGAUGUGCUCGCGGAACAUGCUUCACCAUCGCCCCCGUUCGUGCAAGCUUCUCGAUCUCCCACGGUGGAGGAAGUGGUUCGGAACGUUGCGGACGAUGGGUACGAAAUCCUGCUCAAACCGAUGCAGAUCCGAACGUUCAUUUUUCAGCUAGAGUACAAGCCAUAAUAACUAGUAAAUAGAAGAUUUAUUUCGCUUUAGUUACAUUAGUCAAAUAAAGACCGCUCAACAACGCAA